GCGUCCCCCAAAAAAGUGUUUGUUUCGCUGAUUAUUGCGAGUUAUCAGCUAUAUUCCGUCACAGAAGCGUUUGAUCUAUUAGUCGUGAAAUACUACGUGAUAAAUAUAUGCUGCGACAAUCGCGAAGAUACAAUCUUAUGUUGAUUGUGUGAGUGUGCUUUUCGGUGGUUUGGCGAUUUCUGAACGAGGCUGGUGGUGAGACAGUCGAUAGCAAACGCCCAGACAAUGACGACGUCCCAGUCAUUCAGUAUCCCGAACAAAGUGAAUCCGGAUCUCGAGAAUGAGAGGAAAAAGUGCUCGUUCCUCGUGGAGGAUUUCGCAGAGUUCUGGCACGAAGGAAAGGAGAAGCUCUCGGAAAAGCGCUGGCGAGAGGACUUCUUUCUCAAUGAUCCGGAGAUGAAGUCCGCCGUGCCGAUGGAGUAUCUGUCGCACAAGGAGAAGUACGAGGAGGGCGUGAGGAAGUCCACCAUUGGCUUCCGGAAGAUUAGAGAGCUGCGAUCUCUGGGAAAGGACGGCAUCGACAACUACAUGGCGCUCUUGAGUGGAAUGCUGGGAUCAGGCAUUACGCCCGAUGGGAAUCCCUUUGCUCUGCACUACGUCAUGUUCCUGCCCACUCUCAUGGGACAGGGCACGCCUGACCAGCAGGCUGAGUGGAUGGGAAGAGCCUGGUCAUGCCACAUAAUCGGGACUUAUGCGCAAACCGAACUGGGCCACGGAACUUUCAUCCGUGGUCUGGAAACGACAUCAACCUAUGAUCCCCAAACCGAGGAAUUUGUCCUCAACAGUCCGACUCUGACGUCCUACAAAUGGUGGCCAGGUGGAUUGGCUCACACGGCAAACUAUGCCGUGGUUGUGGCUCAGCUCUAUACUAAAGGCCAGAACCAUGGGAUUUUCCCUUUCAUUGUGCAACUGCGCGACGAGGAGACUCACAUGCCGUUGCCUGGGAUAAAGAUUGGCGAAAUUGGCGCCAAAUUGGGAAUGAAUUCCGUGAACAACGGCUUUCUAGGUUUUGACAAUGUGCGGAUUCCGCGCAAGAACAUGCUAAUGAAGAAUGCGCAGGUGGAGAAGGAUGGCACCUUCGUGAAAGCGCCCUCGUCUGUCCUCACGUACGGCACGAUGAUGUUCGUGAGGGUCGUGAUAGUGCGAGAUAUGGCCAAUUAUCUCUCCAAAGCUGUCACAAUCGCCGUGAGAUACUCAGCCGUGAGGCGCCAGAGUCCGAUCAAUCCCGGAGAGCGUGAACCGCAGAUUAUGGACCACGUUACGCAGCAACUGAAGCUGUUCCCCCAAAUCGCCAAGAGUAUUGUUUUCAGGAUGACUGCUGACUAUUUGUGGAAUAUGUACAACCAGGUGACUUCGGAGCUGGACAAGGGAGAUCUAGAUCGGUUGCCGGAACUCCACGGGAUGGCGUGCUGUCUCAAAGCGAUCGUCACAUCUGACGCGGCACAGGCUGUGGAAAUCUGCCGGCUGGCUUGCGGAGGACAUGGUUAUAUGUCCUGCUCCAGUUUUCCCACAACUUACGGACUCACGACGGCCGCGUGUACGUACGAAGGUGAAAACACCGUUCUUCUGCUGCAAACGGCGCGAUACCUCGUAAAGUCAUGGGCAUCGGCGAAGAUUGGAGAGACUCUGGCGCCCACUGUGGCGUAUCUGGGCAGGAACUACAAGGAUGCGGUGAAGGGAAGUCGACCCAAAUGGGACAAAAGUAUUCCAGGGAUUAUCAGUGCCUUCCAGACCUGCGCGGCUGGAAAGGUGAAUAUUGCAUUUGAUAACGUUGAGAGGAGGAAGAAGGAAGGCGCAUCGCAUGAAAAUGCCACCAAUAUGACAUCAAUCGAAUUGGCAGCGGCAGCUGAUGCGCAUGGCAGGGCAUUCCUUAUCCAAGCGGCCUAUGCAUCUCUGCAAGACUUCCUGAAACAAGUCCCUCCAGCUCUGGGUGAAGUGCUGCAAGAUUUGGUCACUCUCUACGCUGUGCACGCGUCACUGAGACACCUUGGGGAUCUCUUGAGAUUUGUAAACAUCUCUGAGGCGGAUAUUCGGGAACUACAGGCCACUCUGGAAGCUCUCCUAUCACGGGUGCGCCCCAAUGCAGUGGGCAUUGUGGAUGGAUUCGAUAUUCCCGAUGGCAUUCUCCAGUCGGCACUGGGAGCGUACGAUGGGAAUGUGUAUGAGAGGAUGUUUGCUGAGGCGAUGAAGAGUCCUUUGAACCAGGAGCCAGUGAACAAGUCCUUCCAACAGCACUUGAAGCCUUUCCUGAAGUCCCACCUCUAGGACACAAGCGGCAUUUUAGUGAUUUUGGUGCUAUGAUUUUAUGUUGUAUUAGGUGAAGUAUUCUUUUUGUACUCCGUGGCAUUCGUUAAUAGAGAAAUUUUGAAUUAG